UGGAUCCAAAAUUGACCCAACAGCUCCAAGCCCUGAUUUUAGAGCGUCAGGGGGGAGGGAGUGCUCCAAGCGACACGUCCAUCUAUUUGAACAAUCCCCUCCGCAAUGGCGACACAAACUCGUCCAAUGAGGUCGACGAUGGGGACAAUCCAACCAAUAAUGAUGUGGAAGCCGACGCUGAUAACAGCACCUCAUCCGGGGUGCUGUCCAUCAAUCCAGAGGUCCUUCCCGAGGGUUGGACUUGCAUGGAUAAGGUUAUGAUGGUGGAAGAGAUUGAAUAUACUGAUGAAAUUCAAUGCACCCACAUCUUGGACGAAUCCUGCCAUGAAACCUAUGAAACCGUUUUCAAGACUGAAGAAGUUGAAGAAUGCAAGGAGAAGUUCUUGAAGAAUUGCUACAUUGAGUACCACGCCGUCCCGCGGUCCGAAAAACUGGAGGUAUGCCAACAGCCCAUGAUUCGGGACUGUGACGCUCAAGGCGACGAGGUCUGCUCCAACGAGUAUGAAACUGUGUGCGAGACCACCUAUCAUGAGAAUGAGGUCGAGGAUGAGAUCGCUCAAUGUGUGUCGGAUCCCACCGAGGUUUGCAAUGACAAUGGCAAGUGCACCAAUGUACCCAGACAAGUGUGCAAUGUGAUGAAGAUGAACAGCACCAAGUUGACCCCAGAGACCGAUUGUCGGCAAGAGGUCCGGGAGGUGUGUGGUCCAGAGAGCUGUCCAUUGACUCAAGGUCCCCGAGUGUGUGCCAAUGAAAUCAAAACCUUCGUUCAAGAUGUUCCCGAGGAGGUGUGUCAUUUGAAUCCUCAGAGAAUCUGCAAUCCUACCAACAAGAUCAUUCCCAAGUUGGAGCAACGCGUCAAAUGCAUCGACGUGCCACGGGAAGUGUGCAGCACUGUUCAAGUGGAGGCUAAGAAGGUCAGCAGGCCAGUGGUGAAGAAGUGGUGCGGCAUUCUGCCUGGUAAUACCAGUGGAAGUGAGGAAGAAGACGACGAAGGGGAGGAGGGCACCGAGACAACACAGGAACCUGAGGUUGAAACCACUGAAAGCCAAACUCAAGCCUCCAACACUGCCAAUAACGACACUGAUGUUGCUACUGAUCCAUCCUUCUAAAAAGUCCAUAAAGAC